AUGGUGGAUAUCUUUUUGAUCAUUGUGACAUUGGUGGCAUUCAUCAUUUUGACGGUUGUCGCUUUGUAUCUGUUGGUCCACUACCAGCAUCCUGAUGACAAGAAUGAAGCCUAUUUACCGAAGUUUGUAGUGAUAUUUGGGUUUGUCUUGGCUGGAGCUACUGUAUUGAUGCUACCCUUGGAUGUCGCCAACAAUGAGGGAUAUGCCGGAUGUGCGGGUUAUGAUACCAGUUUCUGUGGGGGCCUCAACAUGGAAAUCAUGUGGUCGAUUGUAUUUUGGGCCAUUCCGAUUUGGGUAUUUGUCUUGAUUCCCUUCUCCACGUUUUACUAUGAAGCCGAUGAUGGUAUGCUCAUGGCAGGAACCAGUUAUCAACCCGAUGGAGCUCCCAAAUCCAAAAUUGCUUCGGCUUGCUGCUAUCAAUUGUUUGUAUUCAUCAUUGUCGGAGGCAUUUUUGGCGCCUCCUACUUUAUCUUUAGCGAAACCAACAUUCCCGUUCGGAGCUACGAAGGAGCCAGAUUGCUCAAUGGAUUCACAGAUACCGUCACUCCACGACGAAAUUUAACCACCGGUGAACUAUUGACCUUUUCGUCACAUCAAUUGGAGCCCAUGACACAGACCGAUGUCAAUUACUUCAAGUCCGUCGCCAAUGAGGGAAUUGUCGAACUCACACUCACCGUAUCGGUCUCCAACUUUUAUGCCGGCCUCAUGGCAUUCUUUGGGUGGUUCCUAUUUGCCAUUUUUGGAGGCGUUGGGUUGGCCGCCAUGCCCCUCGAUCUUAUCAUGAUGUACAUCAAACGUCCUCGCCAUUUGGACGCGCAGGAAUUUCAAGAAUUGCAAACCAGUCUCCGAGAACGCACCAACGAAUUGGUCGAUAUCGGGGAACUCAUCAAGAUUGAAAGAGAAGAAAAGGCACAGUUGGGAUUGACCAGUGGAUGGGGGGCCACCAUGUUUGAUUCCGAAAAACGAAAGGAAGCUCGAGACGAACGACAAGCCAUUCUGGGAUUCAAGCAAGCCGUGUACUUAUUGGAACAGGACGUGGACGACUUUCAAGCCUGUCAUGCCAAUUAUGAAAACUACAAUCCCUUGAUCCCCUACAUUGCCUUGGUUUGUGGACUCCUCUCUGUCAUUAUCUCCGUUAUGUGGUUCCUGCACAUUGUCAUUUACGUGCUACCAUCGCCGCCACUACGACCGUUUCUCAACAAUUUCUUUGGAUGGUUUGACAAGUGGUUUCCCCUCUUUGGUGUUUUGAGUGUCGCAAUCUUUACAGUGUAUUUGCUACUCUGCGCCAUCAAGGGUUGCUUCAAGCUUGGAAUGCGCUUCUUGUGCAUGACGUUACAUCCCAUGACACCAGGCAAGACCUACAUGAGUUCCUUCAUGUUCAACAUUGGAUUGGUGUUAUUGUGUGCCCUGCCCGUGGUGCAGUUUUGCAGCACGGCCUUUGCCGACUAUGCCAAGUAUGCCACCAUUCGACAGAUCUUUGGAGUCCAGAUUGAAUACCUGAAUUUCUUCUCCUUCUUUUGGAAGAAUGAUGUUUUCAUCUUUGCCUUUUUGAUCAUCAUGCUCUUGACAUCGGUCUACUUGGCCUGCAAACCGGCCGAUCAGGCCACCAAUUCCCAAGCCUUGCGAGAUCGGCUCAAUUCACGAAGAAGUUAG